AUGGAUUUCUGGCCGGAGUUUCUAGGAAGCAGCUGGGGGAGGGAGUUUGUUGCCGGAGGAGUCGGCGGCACCGCCGGCGUUCUGGCCGGGUAUCCGCUCGACACCGUGAGAAUCCGGCAGCAGCAUUCGAGCGAAGGGUCUGCUUUUGCAAUACUCCGCCGCCUCGUCGCCGUGGAAGGACCCUCCGCCCUCUACCGUGGCAUGGUUGCUCCCUUGGCUUCCGUCACUUUCCAGAACGCCAUCGCUUUCCAAACAUACGCCAUACUGUCACGAGCAUUCGACACCACCACCACCGCCGCCGCCAUGAAAGAUCCUCCGUCGUACCGAGCUGUCGCUCUGGGCGGAAUCGGCACCGGAGCGAUACAAAGCCUAGUUCUAAGCCCAGUCGAGCUAAUCAAAAUCCGCCUACAGCUCCAAAAUACGAACCAAACCAUCCACCACACCGGCCCACUAACCCUAACCAGAAGCAUAUUCCAAACCCAAGGCUGGAAAGGAAUAUACCGCGGAUUAUUCAUCACCAUCCUACGAGACGCGCCGGCACACGGUGCCUACUUCUGGACCUACGAGUACAUGAGAGAGAAGUUCCACCCGGGGUGUCGGAAAAACGGGAACGAGGGUUUCCGGACAAUGCUUCUUGCCGGUGGACUAGCCGGAGUUGCCAGCUGGAUCUGUUGUUACCCGUUGGAUGUGAUCAAGACUAGGAUUCAAGCUCAAGUGGGCCCGCAUUCAUGUCCUGGCAUUGUUGAUUGUUUUAGGGCAAGUGUGGAGAGAGAAGGGUACUGUGUGUUGUGGCGGGGUUUGGGUACGGCGGUGGCUCGGGCGUUCGUCGUGAAUGGGGCCGUCUUUACGGCUUAUGAGAUGGCCCUCCGAUGUAUAUAUAUACGACAAUAAAAGAUAGAGAACUAUUUUUAUUCUUAA